AUGAGAGAUCAAAAAUUUCAAAAGGUUAUUGACUACCGUCUGUCCCUCCAUCUGGUCUACGGAGAAUACAUGAGCACCACAGGAUUUGGUUGUGGCCAAGUUGUUGGUGAAUGUACCCUAAAAGUAAUUGGUCGUGGUAAAAUUGGGUUAUAUGUUUAUGCCAAGUUGUGGCAAUUACCAAUUAAUAAUAUUUCGAUAAACGUGGCCAUAUUGAAAAAGACCAACGGCUAUCGACCGUUCCUCUAUAAUGUUACUACGAAUUUUUGUCAAUUUUUGGCCAAUAGGAAGAAAUAUCCCUUUAUUGAUGUUUUCGUUGGUAUUCUAGUAAAAGAUUCAAAUAUCAAUCACACCUGUCCAUAUAAUCAUGAUAUAAUAGUGAAGAAUUUAGUAUUGGAUAUAAAUAAACUGAAAUAUCUUCCAUUUCCACGUGGAGAAUAUCGUAUAGAUUUGAAAGUUGCUGCCUACAAUGAUUGGAAAGCUGAUGUUAAGACCUAUUUCCAGAUAUUUGAAGAUUUAUAA